UUUUAAUGCUUUCUAUGGGCGUUGCUCACUCAUAAACCAGUACUAUUAUGUCAAAGGCAGAGAAAGACUACGAGCCACUGGAGAGAGAGUCUCACUCUACAGUCAAGGUAGGAGACACUCUGUAUAUGUGGGGAGGUGUUUCAUCAAAAAGCAACGGAGAAUUUGCAUUAUCAGUAAUGGAGCUUUAUCAUUUACCAACUGGUACAUGGGAGCAAAGGCCCACAACAGGAAACUCACCACUGGGCCUUUUUGGUUAUGCAGCUGCUGCUAUCGGUAACAAAAUAUUCUAUUUUGGUGGAUAUAGUGGUAAUUCUGCUGGAACUUUCUAUAACAGCCUGCACUGUUUUAAUGUUGAUGCUUUCAAUUGGAAGGAAAUAUCUCCUAAUAACUCUCACCUUGGCCCCAUGAAGAAGUGCAAUUGUGGGAUGGUAGCUGUACAACUGAAUGGGGAGGACUAUCUUGCAGUGAUCGGAGGCCUUGGAUCAGUUUCUAGUGAAACGCCCAAGCAAGGAGAUGCUAGUUACAGCACCAAAGAAACAUUAACUGGGUAUCAAAUAUGUAAUGAAGUACACUACUUUAAGAUAUCAACUGAGCAAUGGAUGUCACCAAACACUGAAGACAGACCAAUUCCUAUUUCAGAAUUCAGCAUGACUUCAGUUACGCCUAACAGUGCAAUAUUGUUUGGAGGUAGCAACGAUUUUGGACCCAGUAAUGAUGCUACUUUAGUCACAUUCACCAAUACAUCAGUAAAAUUCACUUUAUUGGUGAGGUCAUUUGAACCUUAUAAAAGAUAUGCUCAUUCGAGUGCACUUAUUAACAGCAGUAGUGCAGGGCCACAGCUAUUGAUUCUUGGAGGAAUAUGUGGCCUUGACUGUUGGCUACUUGACAUUAACAAAAAAAUAUGGAAGGAGCUAGUAAAACUCCCAGACUCUAUUACUAGUAGAUGUAAGCAUUCUCUUUCUGUGUGGAGUGUCACACCAACUACUAACUGGAUGAUUGUGUUUGGAGGUGCAAAAGAUGAUGGAAUAUCGUCAAUCAGCAAAACAGAAGUUUUUGAACUCAGAUAUACUAAUCAUAAGAAAUGGUCUACCAGUGUAAUACCUUUGAGACAGUAUCAAGAAAAACUACACCAAAGGAGAGAAGGGGCAGCAGAAUCACCUGAGCCACCUCAAAAUAAAAAGAGACUAAAAUUAGAGGAUGAGGAAGAGAGCGACACAGAAGAUGAAAGGUGGGAGAUAGAGGAGGAUGAUAGCUGGUUUGAAGUACAAGAGAAGGAGCUAGAACUUCUUGAAAAAGAGCAGCAGCUAAAGAAUAGAGAGGAAGAGCUUAAUGAGAAAGAAAGAUUGCUAGAAAGUAGAGAGAAGGAAUUAGACGAGAGAGAGAGAAAAGGUUGAACUUUAAGAACUUUAGAAAGUAUAAUAUUUGUUGUUG